CCUCGCAACGGACGGGGCAGUUAGAGGAAAAAAACAGAGGCCUCUUUACUCCGUCCGGGCAUCCGAGCAGGAUUAACGCCAGGGCCGGAGUGGGGACGGUGGAGUAGCCCCCGCAAGUCCGCUUUCCUCGUCCUCCUCGGCUUCGUCUCCCGUGCCCGGCGGCCGCGGCAGGGGUUGCUGCCCCCGCCAAGGCUCUGCUUGCCAUGGCGGCAGUGGCAGAGGCAGAGGCAGAUCUUGGGCCUCAGUUGGGGAGGUCGCCGGCGACCCCCGACAUUGUCCGCAAGCCGGCUCAGGCAUCCUGGACCUCCGGCGCGGAUGGCUCGUGCUGCACUGCUCUGUUCACCAGCGCAGCGACGGCGCUGGCUGCUGGCCCCGGAAAAGCGGAGAGUGACGGCUUCACCUCAGUGCCGUCGCCCGUCCAGGAACAGUCUCAGUCCGUGCCGAAGGAUUUGGGCGAAGUGGACUGUGCUCAGGUGAGCACGCAGGAGUCCAGCACCUUGCCUCCACUGGUGGGCAAGUUCUCUGACAAGAUCGCACAGCAAGAGCAGCAGCAGCAGCAGGAAGAAGGUGUUGCCAGUGGCAGUGAUGCUGGUGGUGCGGCUCCUGUUCCUACUCCGGAGAAAGUGGAGCCUACACCUCGAAGGCGGUGGAAGAAGUCGACCAAGGGGGUUCUCCGGUUCAAGGUGGUGAAAGAUAAAGUGGUGAAGCCGAAGGUGACCCCUAAGACGGCCACACCCCGUAAAGUGAAGAAGGAUAAGAAGCAGCAAAUGCCGGAGGAUGGUAGCCAUAGUGCUGGUGCUGCCAGCUCUAAUAGCGCAAGGCGCAAGUUGGAUUUGGAUUCAUCCCAAAGUAAAACCUGCUUCAGCAGAGCUGAGUUGAUGAAUAAUUUGAAGUGCCUUGCCAAGAGUCAUGCUUUAAAUGCUGAACCGACACGGCGCAAGAGGAGCAAGAGAGGGAGGAAGAGGAAGCAGAUGAUUUUGGCUCACCAAGGAACUCUAACUGGUGCAUCAUCCUCUGCACUUGUUCCUCUUUGGGGUUCAGCACAACUUGAUAUUGCACGCUAUGGAAAUCAUGGGAAGAGAUUGUGGAAUAAGGUGUUGGGCCUUACUGAGGAGACAUUGCGGGUGUGUGAUGUUCUGGCGAAGUGGGAUGGGAGCGACAGUGAGAGUUUUGAAGGGUUUGAUAUUGGCAGCGGACCUGAAUGGGAUCAAACACGGCAUGUGUUUGAACGAUUAGUGGAUAUAUUCAUUGCUGCAAUGUUGGAUCUACUGGGACCCAGAAAAUUCUCUCCGUGGGGAGGAUCCUUAAUUGAUUCUGUGGUUGGUACUUUCCUUACACAAAAUGUUGCUGAUAAUUUAUCAAGCCAUGCUUUUAUGAACCUAGCAGCAAAGUUUCCUCCAAGGAAGAGAUGCCAUAAAGCUGAAGAUUGUUCAAAUACGGCUCCGUUAGUAGAUGGUGUUGAUGAAAACUUGAACCCAAAUGAAGCAUAUGAUACUUUUGAUUCAGUGGAUUCAGAUUUUGGUGAAUACAUUGAUUCUGAAGAAGAAGAUGGCCAUGAUACAGAGGCUAAAGGGCAUUAUGGUGAAGAAUACAAUAGACUUAUAGAGAAUUUUAUUGAUAAUCUAAAAGAGAAUGGUAUUUCUACUUGGGACAGUGACCUUAUGAACUUAGUGAAGGAUAAAUCUGGAAAUCCAAUAUGCACUGAAAGAACCUUAAGAAAGUUUGUAGCUUCACUACGACCAGUCCCAUCAUCUAUCUGGAAAGAGUUACGGGAGGAAGCAUAUCGAAAAGGAUACAGUGACACAAGUCGAACAAGUGAUGCUGUAGAUUGGGAAUCGGUACUACACGCACCGAUUGCUGAGGUCGCAAAAUGCAUUGAACUCAGAGGACAACAUUACAUUUUGGCAUUGCGGAUACAGGUUUUCCUCAUGAAUGUAAAGAAAGCUCAGGAUGGAAGCUUCGACCUGGAUUGGCUUAGAUACAUAUCACGUGAAAAAGCCAAAAAUUUUCUUCUCAGUAUACAUGGGAUUGGUGUGAAAAGUGCUGACUGCAUUCGUCUUUUGUCGUUGAGGCAUAAAGCAUUCCCAGUUGAUGUCAAUGUAGCUCGCAUAGUCACAAGACUAGGAUGGGUCAAACUUCAACCCAUAAAUGGUGCUGAGUUCCAUUUAAUUAACUCAUAUCCAAUCAUGCGUGAUGUUCAAAGGUAUUUAUGGCCUCGGUUGUGCACCAUUGAUAAGGAAAAACUGUAUGAACUGCACUGUCUUAUGAUAACUUUUGGAAAGGUAAUGUGCACAAAGAUAAAUCCGAACUGCAGUGCCUGCCCUUUCAGUGCACAAUGCAAAUAUUCUAAUAGUUCACUUGCCAGAAAGUCACUUCCUCCUCCAGAGAAGCAUGAACAUGAACACGGAGAACAGCAAUCAAGCAUGGUUGCUUCUGGGAGAUUUCUUUUAUCAAAUGAUAGUUGCAUGCCAAGUGCUCAACAUAUGUAUCAACAUCAAAUUGAAAUAAGCAGGACUGCAGAAACACCACCCAUCCAUAACUGUGAGCCAAUUGUUGAGAUGCCACAAAGUCCAGAAUACGAAUAUGAAGCACCCAAUGAGCAAGAAGAUUUCUACGAAGAUCAUAUAUGUGAUCUUGAAGAUAUCAUACCAGGAGUACAGUAUGAUGGUGAGAUAGAUCUUUGUUCAAGUAAGCAUGUGCUGAACAGCAGAUCUUGGACACCAAAGUGUGGAAAGGACUUAGUCGUGAUGAAUCCAAAAUCCAGCUUUGGCCCAAAUAAAAAGCUGAAAAAUGUUGGCCGUCUUAGGACGGAACACAAUGCAUAUGUCCUCCCAGAUGAUCAUGUAAUCUUGGAAGAGUUCGAAGAGAGAGUUCCAGAAGAUCUAUGUCCUUACCUCCUGGUGAUUAUUUCGUGUCCUAAUGACUACACAGUGGAAGGCACUGUUCUGAUACCCUGUCGGACAGCAAAUCGAGGGAAGUUUCCACUGAAUGGUACCUACUUCCAAGCAAAUGAGGUUUUUGCAGAUCACUCAUCUAGUCGUCACCCAAUAACUAUACCUAGGGAAUGCAUUGGGAUGCUGGAUAGAAGCAUAGUAUACUUCGGUUCAUCUAUACACUCAAUCGCAAGAGGUCAAACAAGGCAUGAUAUCGAAGAGUGCUUCAAGAAAGGAUAUGUCUGUGUACGAGGAUUUCAUCGGAGGACAAGAACACCAAUGCGCCUAUGCAGCACGCUGCAUGCCAACACCAUAAAGAAAGAAGCUAUAAAGAAAGAAGCCAUGAAGAAAGAAGGUGGCGAGACGCCUACGAAGAGGGCCAGGACGUCACCCGAGGGGAAGAGCAAGGAGAAGAAAGCAUCCUCCGCGAACCAGGUCCCGAUGGCUGCUUGAUAUAGCUGUGUACAAAUUGUAGCUGGGAACAAUGCCAAGCUAGCUCUGUAAACCCUGUAUUAGGAAGAUAAUAGUUGUUACUAGAUGUUAGUUAUGAUGCCUAGAGUAGGAGCGAAUAAAUGGUGGUGGUCUCUCUUGAGUGGCGGUUACUUUAUUUCUACUCUUUAUUUCCUGUACAGCUGAGACUCUGCUUACCUUCAUGUUACUGCUAGAUUAUUAGUCUUUGGAAGUACCGAGUCUGAAAGAUCUGAAGACGGAACAUGUAAGGCCUGUUUAGAAAUGUGGUUUUCGGUUCAAAAAUUUCUACGAUUGAGUAUAAAGUUGAACUAAUUAAACCCUGAAAA